CACUUUUAAAAACAAUCGGUGAGAUACUCCGUUCUGUUUUCACCGGCGACAAUGGCUUUGAUCAAUCGGAGAAGAAGGCCGAGAUAUCUCUCUUUAGGUUUAGCCGAUCCACAAAUCACCGUUCCAGAAACCGCUUACGCUGAAGUCCGUGAAAAAAAUCGUCGAAGCUUGGUUGGUCGAGUUGUUGGCCCUGAAAUUAAAAGACAAGAUCUCUACUCGUUGAUCGAUAAACUCCCUCUCGAGUGGUUUCUCGACGAGUCUAAAUGCCGCGGCCGCCUCAUCGGCGGAGGGAAGUUUCAAUUCGUGUUCGAGAGAGAUCGGGAUUUGGAAAUGGUUCUUUGGAGUGGUCCUUAUACGUUUAACGGGUGGCUCGUCGUGUUGGAGAAGUGGGAGGAUGAGCCAGGUCCUGGGUUUCUGAAAUCGGUUCCGAUGUGGUUGAAGAUUCGUGGGAUUCCGGUUCAGUAUAUUUCCGAUGGGACGAUUCGUGAGAUUGCUUCGUCUAUGGGUGAGGUAACGGAGGUUGAAUUGGAUGAUGAGAUGUUUGAUUUGCGUUAUGUGCGUGCUCGUGUGAACGUUGCUGUGUAUACAACGCGUUUGUGUUUUAAGAAAGUGGUUAGGUUUGAUACGGGAGAGGUUAAGAUUGUGAGUUUUGGGUAUGAGGAUAUUGGUAGAAGUAAAGCUAAGUUUAAGUUUUGUCGUAAUUGUGGGGCUUUGAAUCAUCUCACUAGGUCUUGUUCAGUCCCUUGGGUUGAUGUUCCUGACCCUUAUGGUCGUGCUCUUUCACCACCGCCUCAUGAGUCUUGUAGCUCUGAUGGCUCUAAUGAGAACAACGGUGAAGGUGGUACGUUGGAGUUGCUGCUUGGACCGGCGGAUGCAUCUGAUGAUGUGGUUCAUGAUUUGCCUAAUGUGGAUGGUGAGCAGCAGCAGAAAGAUCUUGGUGGUGUUGAGGAAGCUGAUGGUACGCAGGUGCAGUCUGAUAUGGUUGGAACUUCACCUGAGGGUUCGAAAAGGAAGUUUGAUGCCACGGGGGAGGCUGAUGAUAAUUUGGAAAAGAGGCUUAGAGGAAGCGCUGAUGCAUCAGAGAGUUUGGGGGUCAACCUCAAACCACUUCAAGAGGAAUGAUCUUUUGAAAGGUAGAACUGUUAGGGCUCUGGGUUAGAGAUGUUUCCUGACAGUUUUAAAUGUCUUUCUGCUUAUACGAAAGGCAUAGUUGUUUCUGAGACAGUAUGUAUAGAAGAAGGGUACUACGUAGGCUGGCUAUGGAUGCAAUGGAGCUAUGUUGGCUAUAAUGUUUCCGAGUUUUCUAGGUUCUGCAAUUGUUUCGGUCCACAGCGGAGAUGAGAUCGUAAUGUGGGAAAUGCUCGGUAUAGUGGUUUGGUUGGUGUAUGUGGGAUCGUUGGGUUAGGGUUUCAUUUUGAAACACUGUGGUCUCGUCUUGCUGUUUUUCUUAAGCUCUCUGUAAGACUUAGGUUUCUGCAAACUCUUCUGCUUGAUGUAGUGAACAAUUAAGUUUGUUUUGUUAUGUUACAUCUUGUUUGCAGUAGUA